UUGUUCCUGCUGUCACAAUAGGAAUUGUCAAAAAAACGAGCGAAAACGAAAGAAAGUUGUACACAUUGCGACAUAUUUUUGUGUGAUUUUGUGAAUGUGUAAUUAAUUAAAACAAUAAAGUAAUCAAAAGUAAUAUAUUUAUACGUAGUCGACAUAUAAAAUCGUGUUGUAAGUGUCCAAAUUCGUAAAUUGAAUGUUUGUUUUUACAUAGCGUCAUGCCCCCGCGGAUCAGAACGAGAGCUUCCAAAGCUCUCAAAGAAAAUAUUGAUGUUACGGAAAAUAUGAAACUUGUUAAAACAAGUAGCAAAGGACCUCGAAAAGCAUUAGCUGACAAAACAAAUUCUGCGUCAGACGAAGGGUCAUUAGAAAUCCCGAAUAAAGCUAAGAAAACAAACACGAAAGUUUUGAAGACAGGUCCAAACAAGAAUGGAGAGAAGAUUGAAACAAAACAAAAAGAAACCGUGUUACAACCGAAAGCGAACAUGCCUUCAACAAAUGAAGUACGACCACGGCGUGACAGGCGAUUGCCGAACCGAUUUGUCGAAAAUACGAUCUUGAAUAAUUUGUCAAACAGUAAGGAAAGUCCAAAUGUGUCGCUCAGUAGUCCGUUAACUAAUCCUAAAUCUAAUAUUACACCAAUAAAGCUAGAUAGUUUGUCUAAAAAUAAAACAGAUCCAUCUCCCUUCAAAACUCCAGGUAAAACUGACAGUAGUUUACUUGCUAACCGUCCCAGAAGGAUUUGUCGCUUACCAUCACGGCUUGAAGACCACUCCAUAAGCCCCAAUAAGUACAUUCCAAUACAGCCAGCCAAUGCCAGUACUCCGAUACAACUCUCUAAAGCCAAACCAGUUGUGACAUUAACUGAAAAAGAUAAAACAAUCAUAGGUAUAACUAAAACCUCUAAUAAAAAUCAUGAUACUGUUGCUAGGCCAACUAGAUCUACAAGAAAUACUCAACAAAAGGAAUCUACUGAAAAAACUUCAACUAAAAGUAGUCCUGAUACUAACAAUAACCCCAAAACUAGAUCAACUAGAAGAAAAGUUGCUAAAACUCAAGAAAGUAGUGAAAAGGAGUCACCAUCAAAGAGAGUUACUAAAGCUCAACAAUCAACCAAUAAAAAAGAAUCUCCACUCAAGAAAAGCCCUCCAAAGAUGAAUCAAAGCUCGUCAACUAAUAAUGCAUCACCUAUAAGAAAAUUCUUAACACCAAUGGCAAAAUUUCCAAUAGUACCAAGUAAACCAAUAUCAUCCAAAAGUAAAUUAAGUCCCAAAAAGUCUAAUAACAAGGCAAGUCAAAAUGUAUCAUUUAAAUUGCUCGGAAGCAAGAAGAAUGGUGAACAACAUGAUGACAAUGAGAAUGAAAAUGACAUUUAUGAAUUCACUUUUGAUCCCAAUGAAGAACCCAAACCACAAAAGAAAAAACGAAAAAGGGUUGUAACAAAGAAACCUCCUACUGCUGCCGCACCUAAGCAGAAAAAGGUUGUAUACAAGAGCAGUUAUGAUCAGAACAUAUCAAAAGCACUGGCAGCAUUGAAAAAUGCUGUCAAUCCUUCAAAAACCACAGAAGGUCCAAAUCUACCACAGAUUACUGAGAACAGUAAUGAAAUUGCUGAGGAAAAUCUUGUAGAAAGUCAUGUUGCUAAUAUUGAAAAUCAAGUACGAAUGAAUAAUGUAACAAAAGAAAAUAAUCCUUUGAACGACACUGAAAAACCUUCUGUACAUGGGUUCAAUUACCCAUCAAUAAGAGUGGAAGACAUUGCUGCUGAUAUAGAACCAAGCAUGGAUCAUCAUGAUGAUUUGAAUUACUCACCUGUAAAUUCACCAAGACCUGUGAAUGGUCUAAGUACUCCUAAUGCUUCUGCUAAUCAUAAGCCUACACCUGAAAGAUCUGUUCACAAUAAUGAUCCCCUCAAUCUGGCAGAGGAACUCAGCUUCUUUGAUGAUCAGCCUGUAGCUAGCAGUAGCAUGAACAUGUCUGUCCGCCAUCCCAUGGCUAGUCCAUGGAGAGUUGAAUUUGGAAGUUUACCCAUAAAAUGGCGAGUAAACGCUUAUGUAAAACCUAACAUGACACCAGCAGUAGACACUUCCUUCAUUAACUCAGAUGAUUCCAUGAAAAAAAAACAUGUUUACACUAAUUUAUUAACAGAAGCAAAUGAUGAACCAGAAAUGGUUGAAACUACACCAAAUCUGAAACAACCUAGUAUAAUUUCGUUUAUGAAAGAAAUGGCAGAGAAGAGUGCUAGAAAGAAACGAGGGAGAUCUAAAUCUGUGUCUCCAACCAGAGCUGUAUUGAAGGAAAAUGUAAAUAGGAAUGAAAAUGUCAAUAAAAGACCUAACAGAAGAGGAGAUAGGGUUUAUAAUGAAACUUCUGAACAAAGCAAUAAUACUUCUGAAGAAGUAUUAAGUGGGAACAACACUUCUCAUGAUAAAGAAAAUUCAAAGGAGGAAAAGAGGCCUAAAAAGCGCAAGAACAUUGAGAACAUCUGUGAUUUACCAGCAAAAUCUCCUAGAAAGAAAAAAGAUAAGGACUGUACAUUCUUUGGUUUUGAUGAUAGUGAAAAUCAAGAUGAGAAUGUAUCUCCAGUGAAAGUUGCACCAAGAGGGAGAUCUUUGAGGGUUAGAACAAAGGCUGUUCUGCAAGAAAUCAAUGGGCCUUUAAGAGCUAAUUUACCAGUGGCGGCCAAGACUAAGAUAGCUACAAGUUCUGAAGCAGUUAAUAGAGUCUAUGAGGAGUUAAAAUCUGCUGCUGAUGCACCAGUGUUCCCCGAAAAGGAUGUGGAGUCUAAUGAAACUAAUGUUGAGGAGUCUGUGAUGAAUGAUGACUCACAAUCAGUACAUUUGUUUGAAGAUAUAGAAGUUGUACAUCAUUUGAAGCCCCAACGCAAGAGUUAUGGGAAAUCUAAAAAAGUAACAUUCCGGCAGCCAUCUAAUUCAGAUAGUGAUACUCCAGCACCAGCUGUGGUGGAUCCGAAUGAUUCAACUGAUUAUGAUGAUCUUGGUGAUCUGACCUUCGAAAUUGCAAAUGUGGAACAAAAGAAGAAAGUCAAUAAGAAGAAAAAGCCUAAAAGGCUUAUGUCUAAGAAAGAGGAAAAGGAAGCCGAGGAAUGGGCAGCCAACUUCAAUUCAAUGUGUGAAGAUAUAGAGGAAUUCCCUCUCCUUGUCGAGUGAAAUCACCGCCUAUUUAAUCAUGACAAUAUUUUAACUCUAAUUAUGUAAAUUAAUCGUAAAUUUUAACUUAAAAAUACUCAUUGUAUGAGCAAAAAUGUGCAAUCUUCGCACUUAUACUUACAAAUUUAAUGAUAUUUCGAAUUAACAAUAAUGAAACAGCAUUUUUAAAAAUAUUAGGGUCUGGUAAUAUUAAAAUUAUUCGUGCUUAUUGUAAAUAAUCUGAAUUUAUUUAUAACAUAGGUUUAAUAUUAAUUAUGAUUUAUUAGUACCUCAACAGUACAGUUAUCGUAAUCUAAUCAAGUUGCAAUUGUGGCCAUGGUGUAUAUGCCAUUUUAUUUUAUGGAGUUUGACUACAACAUGACGUUUUUCUUAGAUUUUAAGUUUUAAUUAGAAUAUUGUUUUAAUUUAUACUUAUUACCAUUGGCAAUACUUGUGACUAAAAUACAAUACUGCCUAGCAGUUCAUGUCUAAUUAUUCUGAAUAGUAAUUUGGCUAAAUCAUGCUAUUAGCCAAAGAAUACUCCUAGGAGUAGUUCUGCCAAGUCUAUGAAGAAAUAGAGACGUGAUUAUUUCUCAAAGUCGCCAUAUUGUCAAUAAUAAUUAUAUUUAAUUAAGUUGCGUGGUUAGUUUUACAAAGGGACAAUAUUAUAAGCUAAAUGCAUUUAAUGUAAGGCUAAUUUUUACCUCAUAGGAUCCUAUUUUGGUGGGAUUUUAGGCGAACACUCUGUAGUUAAGGUUUAUAAACACUAAGAAUUCUCAAACUGCAUUUAAAAUACUAAAUUAUGAGUUUAAUUUUAGUUUUUAAUUAAUCUCGUGGGCAAUUUUUUGUUAAUAUUUUUUUCGUAGUUUAAUUUUCGUUCUGUAACUUUUUUUUCUGUUAUUCAGAUUAAUAAUUUUAUUUUUGUGUGACGUAAUACUGGUUUUGCGUCUUAUUCUGUUUGCCCUGGAGAUACAACUUGAUACUUUAAUAAAUAAAUUUUUUAACA